ACAUUGAUUUUCAUAUAACAUAUUCGUGUAUGAACACGCUCCCAAUCUGGACCACCACAGCCGAGUAUUAAUCCUUCCGCCGAGCGUCGACAAUAGGGUAGAAGUCCCAUAGCACCAGCUAAUUACGCACACCUAGCUAUUCAAAUAUUACACAAGUUCUUCCUUGCUAUUGGAGAACAAGGCCAGCCACCAUGCCUUCCAUGGCCCCUGCCCGCAAUGAAUCAUCGUAUGUCCUGAAUCAAAUCAUCAUCUCUCCUUCUGACACGGAUUAUCUUGAUCAAUUGAUUCCUUCGAUACGGGAAUACAGUGUUGGAAACAGGACAUCCCAGCUUCUACAGUCUUUAUCUAGGUUUGCUGGGGACAAAGAAGCAGAGAUAGAAAGUAUUUGCAACACAAAUCACCAAGAGUUUGUUACAUCGGUAAACCAACUUCUCCGUAUAAGAGAAGGUACUGUGAGCUUAACAGCUGAGAUACUGGAUCUCAACCAAUCCAUCCAAGCUAGCACCGAACGGUUGGCGGAACAGAAAAAGGCGUUGGUUGAGUCACGAAGCCACCGGCAGAACAUUGAUGAGACUUCUCGUGCAAUCCAGGAUUGUCUGGAGGUUCUGCGCCUUGCAAACCAGGUUCAUGAUCUAUUGGCGAAAAAAAACCAUUAUGCUGCCCUGCGUGCGCUCGAAGAACUCCAGAAUGUCCACUUGAAGGGUGUGACUCAAUACAAGAUUGCUGAGAUGAUCCAGCGCUCAGUACCUGCAACACAAAGGGCCAUAGCUGAGGCGGUCAUGUCCGACUUGAAUACCUGGUUGUACCGAAUACGUGAGAUGUCGCAGUACCUGGGAGAGAUUGCACUGUAUCACACGGAUCUUCGGAAAACAAGGCAGAAAGAAAGGGCCGAGAAGAUGCCGUAUCUCGGGCACUUCAAGCUGAAUUCUGCCAUUGAAUUGGUUUCAGAUGAACAUGAAGAAUAUGAUUUAUUGCAGAAUGAUGAACUGCAAGUCGAUUUCACUCCACUCUUUGAGUGUCUACAUAUCCAUCAAUCCCUGGGACAUAUGGACAAAUUUAGAAUCGAAUAUGCAAACACACGGCGGCGACAAAAGGAACUUUUGAUACCAACUUCGAUCACUCUCAUUGACGAAGAUGGAGCUCGUCUGCACAAUCUUCUCGAGGAAAUGGCGGGAUUUGCUAUUGUAGAGCGAUCUACAAUGAAAAGGGUUCCGGACCUGAGAUCACCUGUUGAUGUUGAUGAGCUUUGGGAUUCGAUGUGUCAAACUGCCGCUAACUUGAUUCUCAAGGCACUCCACGAAGUGGACAAUGCCGAAAGCUUGCUGAAAAUAAAGAAUCUCAUAGCACUCUUUAUGCAGACCAUGAAUACUUGGGACUUUCCUGUUGGAGUUUUUGAUAGCUUUUUGUUGACUCUUUUCGAGAAAUAUGCUGAACUACUCAAAAAGAGAUUCAGCGAUGACUUCCAGGAAAUUGUGUCCACGGAUGAUUAUAUGCCUAUGCCAAUACAAACUUUGGAAGAAUUUGACAAGGUCCUUAAUGUUAGCUGUUUUCCAUGUGUUUUGCCAUUCUCACAAAUGUAUCCUCUAUGCUGUAUCGAUAUUCGGAAUUUCCUGAAUCAAUUCUACUUUUUCGCCAAUGAUGACUUCUCAAACCCGAAUGUCAUCGAUGACACACUGAAAGAUGCUUUGGAUGAGCUCCUUUCAAACAAAGUAUGCGAUACGCUCGUCGAGCGUCUUGCUUCGCAAUAUCUGGGCCAGAUCGUUCAAAUUCUCAUAAAUCUUGAGCAUUUUGAGUUAGCUUGUCGUGAGCUUGAACUGCUUCUCGUCGCAGCGAGAUCCCAGAGUUCGACGGGUGGUUCAAUCGCCCUUAAGGCCACAGAAAAGUUUAGAAGCAACAAGAAAGCAGCAGAGAAGCGCAUAUUUGAAGUGGUUAAUUCAAAAAUUGAUGAUCUUAUUGAAACUGCUGAAUAUGACUGGAUGGCGCCUAUUCCACCCACAGAACCCAGCAACUAUAUGCAAACACUGACUCGGUUCCUUUCAAACAUAAUGAACUCGACACUGCUUGGUCUUCCAACAGAGAUCAAAGAGCUGAUUUAUUUCGAUGCCCUUAGUCACGCUGCAAAUAUGAUACUGGCACAACCCCUUUCUGCGGAAGUGAAAAGAAUUAACCCAAACGGUGUUAUGGCUCUUUCCAAGGAUGUCGAAUACCUGGCUCAAUUUGUCGACAGUCUCGGUGUUCCUAUUCUUAGGGAAAAUCUUGACGAAUUGCAGCAAACGGUGCAAUUGAUGCAAGCGGAUAACACAGAUGAAUUCUAUGAUAUUUCUACGAGAAACAAAAAGUAUGGUCGCGUAGACGCCAUUCACGGUCCGGUUCUAUUAGAAAAGCUUACACGCACUGUUCAAAGCCCUGUCAAAACGGACAAGUUCGCAACGCUUUCAUCGAGAUUUAAGAAGUCCUAA